AGAGACGUCACAGGCGCGCUUCCGUAAAGUAAUGACAAAGAUGGCGGCCGCCGCCGGAUCAGGCGUUGCAGUUCCUCGCAGUUUCCGUCUGCUGGAGGAACUGGAAGAAGGUCAGAAGGGAGGUGGAGACGGCACAGUGAGCUGGGGCCUUGUGGAUGAUGCUGACAUGUCGCUGACUUACUGGGACGGCAUGAUCAUUGGCCCUCCCAAGACCGUCUAUGAAAACAGGAUAUACUGUCUGAAAAUAGAAUGUGGAUCCAGAUACCCAGAGCAUGCCCCUGUGGUCCGCUUUGUGAACAAGAUCAACCUGACCGGUAUUAACAGUUCCACUGGUGCGGUGGAUACAAAAUCCAUGACUUUGCUGUCCAGGUGGAAGACCACCUACACUAUCCGCAUGGUGCUGCAGGAGCUGCGACAGCACAUGAUGAUGAAAGAGAACAACAGGCUCUCGCAGCCUCCGGAGAGCCAGGUGUACAACAACUGAGGCUCCCCUUGUGCUCUCUCUCGCUCUCUCUCACACACAAACACACACAUACAAACACGCAAAGAGACACAUACGAACAGAAUCCUUAACAUUUUACACUGACUCAUGUUACCCUAGACUCUCGACUCUGCUUUCUCCUCUGGAGCCUCUGAUUGGACAGAGAGGGAGGUGCAGGUGAACCAGACCUCCUAACCCAGUGCCCAGUCAUCCAUGAAAACUCACAAAGCAGACCCAACAUUAUGAAACAAAAAUACUGUACAUCUUAAUAUUGUUAUUUUUUUAUUACUUUUGUGUUCCACAUACAGAUUGUAAAAUAACAAUGACCAGAUUGGGUGUAUCAAUUAUGUGUGUGUGCACACUGUAUUCUUCAUGUCAAGUGAGGACAUUAAGUGCUUGUUACAUGGGGUAUUGUGGUCAGGGAUUUGAAUCAACUCACACAGCAACACAAAAAUACUACUAUAAUCCCGAAUGAAAUGUGGAUGUUGAUUGUGACAAUAAUUUGGAUUAUACUUUCACACAGCUGGCACCAACAUAUCUUCCAGUAUGCUGAAUCAAGAUUUCCUUCACAUAGAAAAAAACAAAGAUAAUGACUCAAAACACCACAGUGCUUGGUCUUCCAGGCGACGCUAUAGUCUCAAAUCCCCCAGCUUCUGCAAACCCGACAAUGUGAAUUUCACGGGCCUUUCCUUAAGCGAGUGCAUGUCUGGUACAUGGGAAUAAACUGCUACUAGACAUUCAGCUACGUAUUUAUCAACAGGACACUGCUGUCUCAUCACUCAUGCUCUCAGACUUGUCUUCAGUGUGCCAUAUGGUUCAUAGCUCUUUGUGAUGGUGAUUGAUUAUUAGCAGGGGGAGGGUGGUGGCGGGGGUUUCUUUUUGUUUUUUUUUGUUUUAGUCUCUGGGCUGAUCCAUGUAUACUUUAGGGAGUCACCUCCUCUAAUACAGUGUAUGCCCACUGAACACAAUGUAUGGCUUUGGAUGUUCGUUUUAUAACAGGUUGAAUCUAAUCAGGGUGUUAAUGACCUGUUGCAUGUUUUUAUUUGAAUUAAACAUUAUUACUUUUUG